AUGGAAUAUCCUGCAGUGUUCAACCUAAAUCCUCCCUACAUGUUUCGUCGAAUGCUUCUUUUUCUGUUCUGGCUAAUUGGCCUGUUAGGGUCGAUUGCAGAUGAACAGUUGUCUGGCAGCAAGGAAGGCAUUCCUAGAAUCGACGCUUCCUUCGACUAUGUUGUGGUGGGUGGUGGUAAUGCUGGUGUGACCCUGGCAGUGCGCCUGGCUGAACAGAGCUUCAGUGUUGCUUUGGUUGAAGCUGGAGACUUCUACGAAAUCAAAUGGCCCCCAGCGAAAGUUCCUGGUGCUGUCGGCAUUGGCACUGGAAGCGAUCCAAUGGCCAUUCGGACACCCAUUGACUGGGGUUUCCUGGUCAAUACUGGACCUGGCGCAAACUCCCGGACCAUUCACUACGAAAAAGCCAGAUGUGUUGGAGGAGCAACGGCAAGCAAUUUUAUGCUAUACCACAGACCGACAAUAGGAUCGAUGAAACUAUGGGCUGAACUCGUAGAUGAUGAAAGUUACAUCUUCGACAAUGUCUUCCCUCUGUUCAGGAAGACGAUUAACUUCACCGCACCCAAUGAUGAACUUCGUCCUGCAAACGCCACCGUGAGCUAUCGGGAGGAUGCUUACGAUAGAGAAGGUCAACCCGUUGACGUGACUUAUCCUCAUGCUGCCUCGCCAUUUUCUAGCUGGCUCCAACUUGGGUUGGAAUCGGUGGGGGUCGAAGUAACCUCCGAGUUCAACAGUGGGUCUCUGUUCGGCUCCUUUUAUUGUCCGUUCACUAUACGACCCGACGAUCAGAUUCGAAGCAGCUCGGAAUCGGCAUUUAUUAGGUCACCGUCGUCUUCGAGAUACUUACGAACCUUGACAUUAUACAGGAACACCAUGGGCAAAAAGAUUCUGUUUGAUCAAAAGCGAGCAACAGGGGUUGAGGUUGCUACUGCAGGCUCGAAGUAUACUCUCAGCGCGACCCACGAGGUCAUCAUAUCAUCAGGUGCCUUUCAGAGCCCUCAGCUACUCAUGGUUUCUGGGAUUGGUCCCGCCGAUGUCCUCCAAGAGCACGAAAUUGAUGUUAUUGUGGAUCUACCAGGAGUCGGUCAAAAUCUGUGGGACCAGCCCUUCUCCGGACCGACGUACCCAGUGGCUGUGGAGACAUUUAAUAAGCUGGCUAUGGAUUUACAAUAUCUUAUAAGUCAGAUAAGGGAGUUUAAAACAUCUCAUACUGGAGCGCUGACCAACCAUGGAUUCGACUACAUUGCUUUCGAAAAGCUCCCAGGUAGCUCGCGGGCCCGAUUCACUGAACGCACGGAGAAUGACCUUUCUUGGUUUCCAGAAGACUGGCCAGAGAUCGAGUAUAUCGCUGUGCCACUUUUCGCUGGCAACUUUUCCGAUCCAAUUACUAUGCAACCGCAAGAUGGGAGGCAAUAUGCGACCAUUAUACCUACACUCAUGGCCCCAACGUCUCGUGGAAACGUUACUAUAAUCUCAGCUGAUACGGAUGACCUUCCAGUGAUCCACGCUAACUGGCUUGCUACAGAAACAGAUCAGCAAGUUCUAGUUGCAGCAUUCAAAAGAGCCCGUGACAUGUUCCGCAGUGAAGCCAUGGCACCCGUCGUUGUUGGAGAAGAAUACUUCCCAGGACAAGAGCAUCAAAGUGAUCGUGAAAUCCUCGAAGUCAUCCGGGAUACAGUCAUGGCUCCGUGGCACGCGUCCUGCACAUGCAAGAUGGGGACUCGUUCUGAUCGCAUGGCGGUCCUUGAUAGCCGAGCGAGGGUGUUUGGAGUUGAGAGAUUGAGAGUGGUCGAUGCUAGUGCAUUUCCAUUUCUUCCUCCUGGUCAUCCACAAUCGGUUGUUUACAUGCUUGCGGAGAAAAUAGCCUCGGAUAUCAUAGGCGAGAGAGACGAUGGCGUCUAA